AGCCUUGAGUUUUCGUUCGUACAAUGUCUCAAGUUUACGAAGGCUUCAACAUACAUGCGCAGUUGGACCAUCUCCAUAUGCGGUAUCCCGGAACUGGCCACGCUGAUAUGGGCCGUUAUGAGUGGGCAACGACCAUCCAUAGGGAUACUAUGGCAUCCCAUGUUGGACAUCAGUCGAGGUUGGCAUAUAUCGCUAUUUGUGAGAACGAACCAAUCGCUAGAGUGCGGUACAACUGCCUUAUGAGUAUGCUCCAUCCGAUAACUAGGCCGGCUACCAAGGAGGAGCGAGAGAAAAUGGGAAACUGAGUGACGAGAUGGCGCCAUCCCAGAUAGACCAACAUUGACGUA